UGUAAUCAAAUUCAUUAAUUGAAGCAAUUUACAGGUUCUUUUGAAAAUCAAUGAAGAUCAUAGGGUACGAAAGCUAUACCAGCUGGUUAGUGACAGCCUCUUUUUCUGUCAUACUCUGCCUCAGCACAACUCCAUAUCGCAUUGCUGGACUGUUGUUAGUCUUAAUUACAGAACAUUAUGAUACGAAUCGAGAAACAGCUUCCUUACCUAUUUUUCUGUUUUUGUUGAUUUCAUGUUUAGGAGGUCCUGUAUUUGGUGUUGUAGGGGAAACGUUUGGUUUGGAACUAGUUACUAUUGUUGGUUGUGUGCUAGCAGCUAUUGGUUUUGGAACAUGUUUUUUCGCUUCAAAUAUUGUUGGAAUGAGUUUACUAUUGGGAAUUGUUUUUGGAGUUGGACUGGCAUUCAGUACUGCACUUGCCCCAAAUAUUAUCAAAAAACAUUUUACAAGAAAUUUCACCACGGCUAAUGGCAUCGCCCAUGCUGGAUCAUGCGUAGGAGCACUUUUUAUUCCACCACUAGCAACCUUUUUAAUAGAUUUAUACGGAGUUUCAGGUGCAUUUUUAAUUUUAUCAGGUAUCAUGCUAAAUUCUAUUCCUGUUGGAAUUUAUAUACACUUAGCUGGUGCUUUGCAACAUAAUCUAAUUAAACAUCAAGCUAAUGAAAACACACAACUUAAUUACGAUGUAGGAGAUUAUGAAAAAAAGCUUAAAAUCAACAAUCAAGCAAAUUCAAGUAACAUCAAAUAUGAGGAAGACACAGAAACUGAUGUAACUGAAGGCCAAAAGGAGGCCCAUACUGCAGCAUCCUUAAACCACAAACUUAGCGAAGGAAAUUUAAAAAACCUUGCAACAUAUGAAACCAAAACAGAAUCUGCCACAAAAUAUGCAGUUAACCUUGAAUUCCAAACUCAAAAUAAAGAGGAUAAUAGAAGUCUGAAUACGGUCUCGGAGGAAAAAGAAAACGUGAGAAAAACCUCUAUCAUUAUGCCUAGUUUGCCUCUAACAUCGAUUUUAAAAGAUAAACAAAAGAAAAAUCUAUAUGGCUUCAGUGUCUUUAAGGAGUUAUCAUUUUUAAUGAUGAUGCUAAAUAUAGGAUUGGCGACUUAUGUUACAACAUUAUUUUGGACAACUAUGAUAGAUUAUUCUAGAGACAAAGGCAUUUCAAGAGACUUGGAGAUUUAUUUCCUAAUGCUACAGCCAUUCGUUGACUUGAUUGGUCGAGCUUGUUUUGGUUGGGUGACUGAUCUUGGCUAUUUAACAUUGUCAAAUUAUGCAAUACUGUGCUACGGUCAAAUGGCUCUUUCAAUGUUUUUUAUAAUGUGGACAUCUCGUUUUGGCAUAAUGAUGGCAGGAGCAUGUUGGUAUGCACUAGCUUCAGGUGCAAUCACGACUGUUUACCCGGGAAUGAUUUUUAAGUGUGUUGAUAAAGAUCACCAAACGAUGGCAAUUGCAUCCAGAUAUUUGUUAUAUGGAGCUUUAGUUUUAACGUCAUCCCCUCUCAUAGGUUACUUCAGAGAAACUUUAGGAUCAUAUGAUGGACUCUAUUGUUUGUUCAUAUUUUUAUGCAUUGUGUGUGCUGCAAUUAUUCCUCUGAUGUUUAGGCUCACCAAACAUGCUAGAACAACCAUUGCAAAUGGUUCAUAAUUGAAUACUGCAC